CACCGGGAAUUAGCGCUUCACCAUCGGAAGACAAUAUGCGAUAUUUCAAUGUGAUGAUCCUUGGCCCAACACAAUCUCCUUAUGAAGGAGGAGUUUUCAAGUUGGAACUAUUUUUGCCAGAAGAAUAUCCAAUGGCUGCUCCAAAGGUUCGAUUUCUCACCAAAAUUUAUCAUCCUAACAUUGACAAGCUGGGAAGGAUAUGCCUUGACAUUUUGAAAGACAAAUGGAGUCCUGCUCUCCAGAUACGAACUGUACUUUUGAGUAUUCAGGCACUUUUGAGUGCUCCAAACCCCGACGAUCCGCUCUCUGAGAACAUCGCCAAACAUUGGAAAUCGAAUGAGGCUGAAGCGGUUGAAACAGCAAAGGAAUGGACCCGUUUAUAUGCAAGUGGUGUGUGAUGGCAUGGUGCAAGUUUAUCAUUCCCUCAAAUAACAUUGUUGCAAUGUAUGCUAUUCACUGUCAUUUUAGAUGAAAGAAUUGGAAGAAUUGAUAUUUGAAAUAUUGGAGUUUAAUGUUCUCAAGCUACCAUUUAUUGCCUGAUAAUUGUUUCAUCUCUUGGAAGCUUGUGUGAAGAUACAUUUAUCUUCGGUCCCAAGUGUCGACUGGGGAUUAUUAUAGGCACACAAAAUAUGGAUUUCUGGUAA